GGGUACCCAGUGUUCAGAAUCUCUUCGUAUCGGAGUCUGUGUAACCCCAAAAGAUAAAGCAAACCUCAAUCAAGCCACGACAGCAUGACAGAAGACGAUUGCGCUAGGGUUUCGAUGCCUGAUUCCACGCCUGCAUCCGAUUCAUCCAACACGAAGCAAAGGAAAAAGAGGAAAUGGGAUCAGCCAGCUGAGUCUUUGGUGACAGCGGGAGAAGCAGUCCCUGGGGUCCUUCCUUUGCUCAACAUGGGAUCAUUUGUUGGGAUCACACAUCCUGGUGUUCCUCCAGCUUCUGGCGCUUCUUUGAUAAAUCCUCUUACUUCUAGUUAUGGACAUUUACAGCAGCUUUUUCCAGCACCCUCAAUGCAGCAGCAUGCAACUGCAUUGGCCCAAAAGAUUCAACCAAAGAUUCAAGAGGAGUUAAUAGCUAGAGAAAUUGUCAUAAAUGAUGCAGAGUCUUCCAUUCGUUACAAGCUUACAAAACGCCAAACACAAGAAGAGAUUCAGAAAUGCACUGGUGCCAUAGUGAUAACUAGGGGUAAAUAUCGUCCUCCAAACGCACCUUCUGAUGGUGAAAAACCAUUAUAUCUUCAUGUUUCAGCUGGCACCCAUUUGGAAACAACAGCAGACAGGAUAAAAGCAGUUGAUCAAGCAGCUGCCAUGAUAGAGGAAAUCAUGAAGCAAGGUGUUUUAACCAAUGGAUUAAAGGUGGUUCACCCUUUUAGCACAUGUGUGUUCUUGGGCUUUGAACCAGAUCCAUCUUUGAACAUUAUUGCCCGUAUUCGUGGACCAAAUGAUCAGUAUGUAAAUCACAUUAUGAAUGAAACAGGAUCAACAGUUUUACUAAAAGGGCGUGGUUCAGGAAACCCUGGAAUUUCAAAUUCCGAAGAACAACAAUCACUACAUCUUUUUUUGUCAAGUAGUAAUCCAAAAAGCCUUGAACAUGCAAAGCUUCUGGCUGAGAAUCUUCUGGAUACAAUAUGUGCAGAAUGUGGUGCCUCUAGGGUAUCAUCAUGUAAGGUUUAUGGUGCUGUUCCACCACCUCCGCCAUUGUUGACCAGAGUCCAAAGUGAGUUAGAAACAGCUUCUUCCGUUACUACCCCUGGGGGCAAAACUGUCAUUUCACAUAUAACUCCUCCUCCUCCUCCUCCACCUCCUGGUACGAGCUACAAUGGGUAUGGUGGGAUAUACCCACAAGCUACCCCUUUGCAACAAGUUGCCUUAGCCCUUAAGCAAUCUACAUCUCCCAUUAUAUCUACCCAAACCCAAAUAAUUGGAAAUGCAAAUUUAGAAAUGGAAAAAGAAAAACGACCCCCUCACACUCACACUCACAAACGCAAGUUUCAAGAACUGCCCGUCACUGCUCACGGGCAGCCCGGGCAGCUCAAAACACACCAGGCAUCAGGAAUCUUGAAGCAAAAUGAAGUGAAUUCCAAAAGUAGUACAAAGAUGGAAUCACCUAUUCCGAUUCCGAUUCCGAUGACCAAUGGAAUGAUGCCACCCCCUCCACGACCCCCAAAAUUUAAUUCAACAGCAAAGGUGGUCGAGGGCAAUAUCGUAAAAACACCAGAAACCAAAUCCGUACCUGAAACUUUAAUCAGUCUUAUGGAGUAUGGAGAUGAAGAAGAAGAUGAUGACAUUGAGGAAACUAAUGAAGAAACUCUAACAAAUAAUUCAAAAUCAAAACCUUUUUGGGCAGUGUGAAAACAGGUUAAAUGACCAUUUUAUCCAUGAUUUAAAUUUGUUGUUUUUCAAGGUAAAUUGCAUGUAGAAGGAAAAUAUAGUUAUGGUCGAUAUAUACUUUCAAAAACAAUGUAAAAGGGUGAUUUCUGAU